UUUUCAGUUUUGUGUGUUGAUUUCUAGAUUUUAAAAGUAAAAUUUUGAUUUUAAACAUGGUAAAUUAUUGUUGCAUUCCUGGUUGUAGUCGAAAUAGUAGAAUUCAUAAACAUUUAAACUUCUAUAGCUUGCCAAAACAAAAACACCGACAGAAGCAAUGGUUGAAACUUGCAUGCAGAGAUGAUCUGCUUGAUAAGGACAUGGAUAAACUAAGGAAAACCCUCAGGUUCUGUUCCAGACACUUCCCACCUAACACCAUAGUGAAUAGGCAUUUGACUCAAGAAGCCUUGCCAUCCAAAAGCUUGCCUGGAUCAAUCGAUGAAGAUGAACCAGAUAUAGGCCCAGAGAAACAUGAGGGCAUAAUAUGUGACAGCUGCCAGGAUCCGAUACUGGGAUUCCGCUACAAGUGCGUGACCUGCGAUAAUUUCGAUCUGUGCCAAAAAUGCGAGAUGCUUGAGAAACAUCCACAACACUACAUGCUGAGGAUACCCAAAUCAAUUAAAUUUCAGUUAGCCGAUGACUUAAUAAAUAAAUGGCGCAACCUAUUUAAAACAGAACACAUCGUACCUGACUGUGAAACCUCUAGCGAUGACGAACCAGUCACUAAAUACAUCAGAAACUAUGACAGCGGCAUAGAUUUAACGGAUGAAGUUAAAAAUGAUAUACGCAACGAAGUCGCCAGAGCUUUAAAAGCCGCAGAUCAGAAAGUUGCUGUCCCUGUGCAGGCUGUACAAGAAAAGAAGCAGACUAGGAACCGCAGUGUGAUACCAAAGGUGGAACAUAAAAAGAUUGUGGAUGAAGAUGCUGUCGAAGUUGUUCCGUCGGAAGAAAAGAUUUUUCAAGAAGUCCAUAAAGCACCCGAACUAGUUUUCGCUGAUGUGAACGCUGAUCAAGCCGAACUGAAGAUUGACAAGGCAGAUGUAAAGCCGUCAGUGGCUGAUACAUCUGAUGAUACUCUUCCUGUUGCUAUGCCAAAUUCUUUGAUGACAGUUGAAACUCAGCCGUUGCUUUAUGUCACACUCAGCAAUGACCUAUCGCAGUUUAUGAUAGAGCUUGCACCAGACAACAAUGCCAGUGAAAGCAGUGCAAUGAAAUGAAAGUUACAGGGCCACAUCAAUCCUCAAGAUUAUAAGAUUAUACCUAAGCGGCUGAGCUGUUUUAAUAUUUCUGUUUCAUUCUAAUAUAUAAUGAACCAUAGGUCAAUAAACUGUUUAUGAUUUUUGA